AUGUCCUUCGUGGAUGUUGAAAUGGGUGACGCGCCGGAUAUCAACGUUGUAGAGUCGGCUAUUGUCGCGGAGAAAAAUGAGGAUCGAAAUGUAGAUGCAGCUCCAGCCUUCACCCGCUCACCAAUCACUGUCUUUAACAUUCCAAAUCUGGUACUACCUCCCUCAAAGUCAUCUCGUUGCUCAAAUUCAAAUAUAAAAUUUAAUAGUGUCCAACAUCCGGCCCUUAAAACCAGCACAACCAAUAUCCGUGAUCAAAUCGAGCUCGAAAUAUCCCACUUGAUAGUAAAAAAGCACAACGAGCUACGACUCAUAGAAUCCGAACUAGCCAAAGCACAAAUAAUGCUCGAACAACUUCGACGAGUGCAUUUGAAGCCAUUCAAUCUUGUUCAGAAUGAGAUGGGGGAGGUGUAUGCGGUGAGGUUUGUGGUGAGGUCAUAUGGUGGGGAGGGAAAGAGGCAAAAGACGAUUGAGAAGAGACAAAUGAGGGAUGAGAAGGCUGCUGAGGAAUUGGAGAUGGAGGAAAGAAGGAAAGGUGGGAGUGGUGUGGGAUUGAGGAAUAGGUAUGUUAGGAGGUGA